AUGUCGUCGACGGAAGUUGAUUCCACAACCCUGGCGGGAAGACACCGCAGAUUUUAGACACGACAUCAACCCAGCACUGUGUCUACUUUUAAGACAUCCAGUGAUCUCAUCAGGUAAGUUUCGACAGCUUAUUUCGCACUCCGACUGUGGGACAUCUGAUUGGAACAGUGUUUUUCUCUACAGCUGUUAAAAGGUAAUAUGAGUGCAUUAAACUGUAGUUAGCUACUAGCUUACAAUUGCUUAAAAUAGGAGCCCGUGCUAACUGUGGAAGCUAACUCCGGUCAAAGUGGUGGUAACUAUUGCGUUUAAAGUAAUGCAUCCCAUUUCAACUAAGACAUUUGUUGUUCCUGCCACGGUGAAAACCUCGCUCUAGCAGAAAAGCUUCGCAAUAAGCAAAUUCACGACUUACUUCGAUUUCUUCUUAGACAUUGCUGUGCACUCUGGAGUCGAUGUUAACUCUUAUUUCUUCGUUUCGACAUUUAGUAUUUUUAUGGACAAAACCAAGCCGUUUGGGGUAUUUGUUAAUGACUGUCCCUAACAAUAAACUAGUUUAACAAUUUAAAACAACCCAACAAUAAUGGCACACGGAAGUUCAUUUAGACAUGAACUGAAAAAAAAGCUUUUAAGAUUAUAUUUAUCUAAUGUGUGCGUCUGUGCAUGUAUUUCUAUGUUUGUUUGUCUCAUGGGUUUUCUGCUGCUUCAGCCAAAUCAAGAGAAAUCAUGCAGGCGUUUUUGAAAGGAGCAACUGUUCAGUCCACCAGACCACUGAAAGACAAGGCAACAGCAGGGGUCAGCACACAGAAGAGAGCUAAGGCAGUUCCUUGGGUAGAGAAAUAGUAAGUGGAAACCACAGAGACCUUUACAAACACAGUAACCUUAUGUGUAGGUUGGAUAAUCUCAAUAAUUUUCAAUCCAGAGGUCAAACACUUUGAAGUUAUACAGGAAAAUAUCAUCCAAGUGAUUUGCUAUGUUGAGAUCAUUGCUUUAUCUAUUCUUCAUCUAAAAUAUAAUGACACAAAAGCAGCACUAACAGCUUAUGAAAUGUUUUCAAAGAUACUCUCACAGUUUGUGUCAUAACACAAGGGCUGCAACGAUUAGUUGACGUAAUCGAUUACGUCGACACGACAAAUUCAUUGACACGAAAUUUAAGCGUCGUGUUAUUGUUGUUAAGAAUCACAUGCCGGCGCCUCAUGCUCAUCUAUAACUGCAGUGCACUACAGGAUGUGCUGGGGGCAGUAGCGCUCGCUGUUUACAUCCCGCGAGCAAACACAGAAGAAGAGUGCACACAUUAUGGCAGAACAAACUGAAAAAGACGCUCCAAAACUCCGACCCAAAACUUCAAAAGGUUGGGAACAUUUUACGGAGAACAAACCAAAAAAACACGUUGAUCAAAGCUCAGCUUUCCUACCAUGGCAGCACCACGGCGAUGCAUGAGCACCUGAAACGCCGACACCCCGGAAAUAGGUGUUUAUAAAUAAAGAAGAUAGUGAUUAAUCGGACGACUAGUCGAUAGAUUAGUCGACAAAAAAAUAAUCGUUAGUUGCAGCACUACAUAACACCACUGCGUCUCUCAAUGGCUACCUAAGCUCUGGACCCCUUAAGUUUUCCAACAGAUACUUCAGUACUCUGUACCCAGUAUCUAGUCAAUUGGACUGGUGAAUGUGGCUGUUAACGGUGUCUGUUUUUACUUAAAUUAAAACUUAAUCUAGCUGCACUGAACAAGUCAUCUGUCAUACAGAAAAUCAUUAGCCAACUGAAAAUCACCUCUCUGAACUGUUCACAAAAAGUCCAGCAGCACAGUUAAAGAAGUUGGUUGCUUAACAAAUAAGUGGACAGUAAGUACAAGAGUUUGAUGGUUUUAUUUAGUUAUAGUGGUAAUACUCUAGUUGUAAUUCUGCAACUACCUCAUAUAGGUAGACAUAUCUAAUGUUCUGCCCCCUGUGUAUGAAAAUGUGAAAGAAUAAGAAAAGCACUUGAAUCCAAUGAUGUGCAGGACACCAUACGCUGUAACCCAUACUGGUCAUUAGGCUUUCCGGGGUUUGAGAUUUUGCAGCACAGUGACGGUGACAGUACCAUACACCUCGGUAUUUCACGGUGACGAUGUAUUAAAAAAAAAAAUUUAAAGCCCGGGCUCGAGCAUAUUAUCUCUGCCUCUGGUUCGGAGGAGUCUGCCAUCAUCAUGCCAUGCUUUGUGCACGCUUCCUGGAAUGGAUCAUGUGGAUAUGGCGGAGCGUUGCUUUAGGUGUGUUUUAUACCAAAACCACCUUUCUUGGGGGGGGUGACUGAACCAUUUACAGGGGGCAGCGCAUCAUCAGCAUGGGCAUGGCAGCCUGCCCAGAACUAAUGGAAUAUAUGAUCGUGUUUUUUUCCAGCACUCUGCAGCAUCACACAGGUAGGAAAUGGUUCAAUAUUUUGCUGCUGCUGUCUUACUGUAGCCCAGACUGACCACUAAUGUUAAUGUGAAUGUGAAGUGAUAUCUUUAUUAUGGCAAGUCUCGCUUGUGUUGAGGCAUAACGUGCACUUUACGUGCCGGCGGCGCUACAUAAUAUUGAAAUUACGUCACAGUGAGCUCAGCAAUCUCACGGUGUCGCCACUGUGACUUUAUUUCAUCGUGAUGACGGUGUAUACGGAAUACCGCGGAAAGCCUACUGGUCAUACAACACCUGAACUCAAAUAUCUACUUUUUUGAGCUCCAAAACAAAGUGUUUGUGCCUUUAUAGAUAUAGAUUUUGUUUUAAAACAGUUUUAACAUUUUAUAUUAAAUUGUGCAUAUAUACCUUACUUGCAUGUAUGCAAUCUUUGACCAUGAUAAUUACACCCUUCAGAGACUGUAUUUAAUAUGUCUGUCUGCAUGUAUCAUUUUGAUUAGACACCCAUUUGCUAAAUAAGUGUUAACUCAGGCUGUGUUUCUGCAAACCCCAGCAGACCAAAGUGUGUUGAUGAGGUAGCCUUUCAGGAGGAGGUAGUAGCUGUGCUAAAGAAGUCUCUGGAAGGAGCAGAUGUAAGUAAGCUUUUUAGUGGCUUUAAAGGUCAUCAACUUAAAACCACUCCUACAUCAUAUGUCUAAGUUUUGGCUUUAAAGGAAAAAACAAAUCAGUAAGUUAAAACUGUAAUAAUUUCUUCAGAUCCUUUACUUUCAGCUUUCAUUCAUCUUGUUGCUGUAGUUAUGAACACUGGCUGAAUAUUUUACAAACACAGAAAAGAGCAGAAAAGUCUCAUGAAACAUCUUGGAGACCUUAAAUCCUCUGCAAAAUAAAUGUAAGGUUGGUUACAAUGUUGAAGCGCCACCCCCAGCCCCCCAACACACACACAAAUAAUGAGCCAGUUUUGAUGCUGACUUUUUAGAUGCAACAGAAUCAUCAUGCACUCAAACAUGAACAAAAUCUUUCUUUAACUGAUAGAGUUAAAGUUGGUUGAAUUCUAUUUAUCUUCUCUGGUUUCAAGGUCCUUGUACUGAGGAGAUCAGAACUUUAUUACUGGGAGAAGCAUUGACGAGACAAGUCAUGAUAAAAUUCUGUAUGAAAAAGGCUUUUUAGUGCUAGCACUGUUGUGUGAUAGGUUUAUACUUUCUCUCCUCUUUCUGUGGGUUUAAAUGAUAACAAGAGGCUGUACUAUUAUACAAUAUUUUUGAAUAUGAUAUAGAAAAAUUCCUGUCUAAGAAAGACCAAUAUUAGGUUUGUCUAUCUUUUAAAGAUUUUGUAAAUGUUUGAACUCUCUCUUCGGUAGUUAACACCAAACGCGUCAGUUAAGAUGAAGAAAAAUAAACGACUCAAAAAUGGGGAUCCCUUUUUUCUUUUUUUAAAUUCUAGAGUGUAAAUGAGCUCUGUGGCUCUGACAAAACAGAUAUCCAUAAAAGCACAGCACAUAAAACAAGACAAACGGCUAAUCUAUACAGUCCUCUAUGAUGCUGCACAAAGACCAGAAGGUAAACUUACAAGUUUUGUUUGUUUUAAUUUCAGCUUCCAAAUUUGCUUUUUUAUGGACCUCCUGGAACAGGAAAAACUUCUACCAUCUUAGCUGCUGCCAGAGAACUAUUCGGGUAAGUGUGCUCUUAGUGUUUUUUUUUCUUUUUGGGCAAAGAGCAGAUUGUUUUUUAUGACCUACAUGAAGUACUAAAGAAGUCUUCUCUCUUUUUUUAUUGUGCCUGUCAUCUGUUUUGUACUGUUGUCACUUGCCUGUCUUUUUAUCCUGUUCUCUUUUUGUCUCUCCUGCAGUCCAGAGCUGUACAGGCAGAGGGUGCUGGAACUCAAUGCGUCUGAUGAGCGAGGUAUUCAGGUUGUCAGAGAGAAGGUCAAGAACUUUGCCCAGCUUACUGUGGCUGGCAGUCGUCCAGAGUGAGUCAGCAUUCUUUGCAUCAUAGGUAGAGGGUACUUAUGUAUAAUGUUUUUCUUAUGGUUGCCUAGAAACAACCAUUUGAACUUAAACCCCUGAUGGAAAUCCUGUUUCAGGAGAAAAAAGUUUUUUUUUUGUGAUGAGCAGUUUUAGGUGUGCCUGUUGGUCAAGAAACAUCAAAGUCUUUUCUGGUCACUGCACUUUUCAGUGGAAAACCAUGUCCUCCAUUUAAAAUCAUCAUUCUUGAUGAGGCAGACUCAAUGACAGCACCGGCUCAGGCUGCCCUCAGGCGGACAAUGGAGAAGGAGUCCCGAACCACUCGCUUCUGCCUUAUUUGUAACUAUAUCAGCAGGUCAGUUUGCACCUCACAAUCAUUGAGCCACAAACACACUCUAAAUGACAUGUACUCACUCUGAUGUGUAUCAUUAGGAUUAUUGAGCCUCUGACCUCCAGAUGCUCUAAGUUUCGCUUCAAACCUCUGGCCAGUCAAAUCCAUAAGAAACGCCUCCUGGAGAUUUGUGAAAAGGAGAACCUCAAGUACACCAAAGAGGUAAAGGAGAAAUAAUUUCAUAGUUUUUCAGAGCACUUGAAAGCUGACUUGCACAAAUACUGCUUUUUCUAAGGAUUCAUACAAACAGUUGAUUCAGUCAUCCACUUUUGUGAUGAUGCCAAAGACAAUGGUGAUCUCUAUCAAGAAAAUAGCAACAAAUGUGUAAUGAAUGUUAAUACUGGGAGUAAAAACCUUGUCGAACCUGAUAAAGAAUACUUGUGAUGUCCUCAGGCCCCCAGGGGUCUCUAAUCUAAUGUGUAGAGUUGUGUCUGAAUCUUAUUCAAAAUCAAGACACAGUAGUUCCUGCAAUUUCAGAUGGUCUUUGUUGAGGUAGCUUCUGUAGAAUUAGUGACUGUUUCCUGUCCUUCUAUUCAGGACUACUUUUAAAGUAAGAUAGAAAUUACAUCCAAGUGGGACCUUUUACACUGUACAGCAAACUAAUGGUGUAAGGCAAAGUCUGCACACACAAACUUGCAGUCACCACAAAAUGAAUCUCACCACACUUUGGGUGUCACACAGAACUGCAGUUUUAUUUUAUGCUCUGAUAAAACUAAUGUGUUACUACUGUUUUUGUGUAUUCAGAGUAUCGCAGCUUUGGUGAGAGUGUCUGAAGGAGACCUGCGUAAAGCCAUCACCUUCCUCCAGAGUGCUGCACGCCUCAGUGUGGAAAAAGAGAUCACAGAGAGCUGUGUUAUUGAGAUUGCUGGGGUAAGUCAUACUUCUUUUGUACAUGAGAGGCUUGAGACAUGGAUAAGGGGGGAAAAAUUUUAAUGUUCUGCACACCUCUGGUCAGUUUCACAAAUUUGGCAUGUAUGGCUCUGGCCUGAGCUCUCACGGUAUUCACCUCGGCCAUGUGCUGACUGUGUGAGCUGCUGCUGUCAGUAGAAGUAGUCAGAAGUACACCCUUCAUGAUUGAUGUUGCUUUAUUAAAAGCAUUUUGUUAUGUUAAUUAAUUUAUCAAUGUAGUUAUGCAUUCAUUAAUAGAAAGUUAAGCAGGGUUUUUUUCUGGUGGCUUCAGUCGCCAAAAAACAGUGUCAGACAAAAUUCUGAAUGAAAUCUAAAAACACUAGUGAUAGGAAGAACAGUUCUUUUGACUGUACUGAAUCUUUACAAUCCCAUCAUUAAAAUAAAUUGUUCAAAAGAUUUGUUCACCAAAUCAGUCAGUGCUUCAGAGCCCUGUCCUGCCGGGUGCAGUACAGGAGUAAGUAGGGUUGGGUAUCGUUUGAUUUUGAACGAUUCCGAUUCCAAUUUCGAUUCCUCAUUUCGAUUCCGAUUCUUAUCGAUUCUCUAAUUCGAUUCUUUUAAAAGGCAGGAUAUCAAAAAGAAAAAAGAAAAAAAAAGCAUGGUUUGAAUGAGGGUGCUAACCGGGGCUCUUCUUUUUGGAUGAAAUUUCUGAACUUCUCCAUGAAUUUUUAAAUCCUAUUAACUUUUUAAGAACUUGACUAUGGAUUUCUCACAGAGCUAUUUUCAACCAGCAUAUAAAUAUCAAUUUUUGUUUUCAGGUCGUUUGUCUAUGAAAAAGUACAAGGGCUAACGUUAGUUGGAUAUUUAAGUUUACUCACCGUACACAGUUCAAUUUCUUUACCGUUUCAAAGUUAGCAGAGGACAGAAGUAAUUUAUUGUUUCACUUAUCUGAUCCUGACUGGUUAGCGGAAGACAGGUGUUGUGCUGUAGAAUGCACCCCUGCCGUAGAAUGCCUCCCCUCCACUGAUUAGCUUCUUAGUGGAAGAAAUAUGAUCUCAUAUUUAAUAAAACACGGGUAUUAGAUCAUGAAAACGUGUCAAAUGGAGCAGUAAACUUUCGUUUUGUUUGUAUGUGUCUCAAAAAUGCACACAUAAAGGUGUACUUGGGUAUAUAAAUUGUAGAGUAAGCUGUUAAUGUAGAGAACAUUAUAUUUUCAGGACAGUAAAUAUUCCGAAUCAGAGGGCUAUUGUUUUCGGCAUAUCUGAAUAGCCUGAAUGAAAUCAUUAAAGGCACACGCUUUAGAUUCCGUUCAACGGUAAGGAAAACUUGGUUUGUUUCGCCGUGUUGUGUACUUUCAACCGCGCUCCCGUCAGGGCUGCAUUCAACAGCAGGGGUGCAUUCUACGACACAACACCGGCGAAGCGCGUCUAAGACGAGCACUCGAGUAUUUCUCCUCCAUGAAUCCUGAGGUGUUUAAUCAUGUUGGUCGUUUACCCUCCUUUGCAUGAUAUAACUGUAUUGCUAAUGUUGCAUUGAGAAAAGAGUUCAUUCUUCCUGCUAAAGUUAGCCAAACUUUUGACCAACGAAGAAGAAGCUGCCGAACACCAAUGAGAACGGAGCGUAUGAGACGAAGCCACACAGAGAGAGGAGAGAGACAGAGAGAGAUUGUAACCCACAGCGGCUGCAUUGCUGUGGGUUGCAAUGUACUUUCUCUCUCUGUCUCUCUCCUCUCUCUGUGUGGCUUUGUCUCAUACGCUCCGUCCUCAUUGGUAUUAAGCGGCUUCUUCUUCGUUGAUUUUCGGCGGCUAUUUCUUCCGGUCGGCGGACUCUGGCAUCGAAACUUGGAAUCGAAAUUUUAACAUUUGAACGAUUCCGGAAGAAUCGAAGUUUUAGUCCCAAUUCCCAUCGAUUCUCGAUUCUCGAUUCUCGAUUCCCAACCCUAGGAGUAAGUGACACAGUGGUGCUGAUCAACUGUGUCAAAGGUGGCAGUUCCACUCCCGACCGGCAUGCCAUGCCCGUGGCUGAGCUUAACUGAACUAAGAAAGGAACGAAUCAGGUCAUGGAGUGAUUCCAUUCACGUUGUUCACUCAGCAGUUCCAUUCUUUUGAACGAAUUGUCACGAACGACAACAACACUAAAAAACACAGAAAAGGCUCUGACUCUAAAUGCAUACCAGGAUAGUAAGGGUGUAAAUGAUCAAAUAAUGCACAAAUGGGAUAGUAUCAUGGUUUCAAGUGGAUCAGAUCAUUGUUCAGAUCAGCAAAAAAAAAUUUAUUUUUGUUUAGAGUAUGAAAACAGCUUUAAGUGCAAUAUAAGGCAUUCCAGAAAUUCUUCUAAAAUGGCAGCUAGACUUCUUGGGUUAUCUUGAAGACGUUUCACCUUUCACAAAAGGCUUCUUCAGUUCUAAGGGGGAACAGGGUCUAGGGAUGAAACAUAUAGCCUUGGGUGACAUUGUCAGUGUAAGGGGGCGUGGUCAACAUCUGAGGAGGUGUUUGAAGACUACUGGUAAGUAGAAGAAGUAGAAGAAUCCCUGAUAUACCGUGACCUGGAUGAAUGAGAACCUUCACAGACAAUAUAAGGCAUGAUACCUUCUUCUUUACGACAUGGACAGUGAAUUAAAAAAAAAAAAAGUAAAGUGCAAUUUAAGGCACAUUUUCUUUCCUUCCUUCAAAUGGGUGGCCAUGCUCAAUAUAUUUCCACUGAGUACGGCUUUCUCAUCUCACAAUGCCUACAUACAGUAAUGGUUUGGUCCACCAACCUACCUCCCUCAUCACCAGGGCUCACGGGUACUUUUGCUUGGAGUAAGAUUUUUUUUUAAUUCUUUUUUCUUUUUUUUAAGGGGAGUUAGGGUGAAGUGUGUUUCAAAAUAACUAAAAUUGAGGUAAAAAACUAUCUAUAAAGCGAAUAUCCUGCAUGGUUCCUCAAGUCUAAUAAACCGCUAUUGUAAAAAAGAAGAACAGAAAGUGAUGAAGUGAUUACUUGAUUUCAUGCUUUUACUUUCAGCUCUUCCUUGACAGGUGCACACAAUUCACACAUUUGUGUGCAUGUAGAAGACGUGAUUAUGGCGCUGUUAUUUCACCUGGCAAAAAGAAAUAUUAUUUUAUGAUUGGCUGACAGGUCGCUGAUUCAACUGUUCUGCCAUCCCCUUACCCAUUCAUAGGUUUACUAGUGUCACUUAUAUAUAGUGUUACUAAUGUGCGGCAGGUUUUAUCACUUCUCAGCGACAGAAAUGUUAUGUGAGCGUGUGAACUUAUUAAAAUGAGUGUGUCUCAUGCUCAAUGUGUGAGACUUAAGAGUCCUGAUCAUCACUGUAAGUUACAGGGAAACCAAAAUGCUCCCAUACAAGCGACUUCAAUGAUGCAGGAGGUUUUUCAAGUUCCUCUGCUCCCCCGUUAGCCACCACUACCGCUGCAGCACUUAGUGAAUGUGGAUUGAUGAUGUGUCCCUCAUGUUAACAUGCACAGCUUCUUAUUUACAUUGAUCUAAUGGCGGUCCACACGCGUGCCGAACCAUGAAGAGGCAUCUGUACGAAUCACGGAUCAACAAUGAUCUGCUGCACCACUACCGAAUAUGGUCAUUGGACUUUCUAUGAAUGCUUUAGACUGGCCUACAAACUUAGACAUGUGUUACUGAGUCAAGAUCAUCUGACUGUUCUUUUGGUUGAUAACCAACAUAUGGCAGAAAUAGGAGCCUACUGACCACAAGUAUGUCGUCCUAAGAGGCAUAUUCCCCCCUUAGACUUAAUGUGCUGUUCUGUUUUUAUGUACUUUGGAUUUUAAAUGAAGCAAGCCAUCCCACAACUGUCACGUGCUGCACAUGCAGCCUAUGUGGAACUGCCAUAAACCUUUGUUACUCUGUUCCAAACAUUUCACUUUGUCGUUACACUCUGUCAUAGGUCAUCCCACCCAAAAUGAUCGACAGCCUGCUUCAGAUCUGCUUCAAAGGAACAUUUGAAAAAAUGGAGGCUACAGUCAGGGUAGGUGUUGUAACAUAUUGGAGCUUUUUUAUUCUCCAAGUUUCAUUCUGAAUGUUUGUUGUCAGAAAUAUCCUUUUAAAAUAUAACUUAAAGUAUCAUCUGAGAUAUCUGUGAUGUUAAUGCAGUGUAUGCCAAGUGAUGACAGUCUCCUUACUCCCUGUAAGUCUAUCAUGUUCAAUGUCUCCUCUGUUAGAACAUGGUGGAUAAAGGCUAUGCAGCCACCCAGAUCCUGAGCCAGCUUCAUGAGUCAAUCAUAGAAAGUGACUUGACUGACAAGCAGAAAUCAGCCAUCACCGUGAAGAUGGCGGUAAGUGGAUCUUGUAGAGUUUUGAGAAUGCAGUGACAAUGAAUAGGUGUAACCAUCACACAAGUAAGAAUGAGCCCAUAAUUGAGGAGGUAAGGUUUAAUUCUCUGAGAUUUCCCCUGAAGAAUAGCCGAUAAAGGCAGAAUGUCUCACGUAAAGGACAUCCAAAGCUGUUUUAAAAAGGCUGGAGAAGAAGGGGUCAGUAAGAAAUAAGAAAUAUUCUGGUUGACUUGUGUGAAGACAAACUGAAUACAUAUAGUAUGGGUUAGAAAUGCUGCCUGCUGGCCAAAAAAUUGAGAUUAUUUUUGAUCAUGAGCCAGGGCCUAUCCAGAGAAAGGAUCUGUGCCUUUCAUGGGAUUAUAUCUUGCUUAUUAAAUAUUUUGGGACAGUGUUUUUAAAGACUGUAUUUCAGUUUACGCACUGUCUUUGGCUAAAUUAUACCGCAAACUAAGAGAGCUUGAAUUUCUCUCAUAGCUUCUCUGUGUGUUGUGGUGGUGUUUGCAGUCACACAAGCAAUCCAAAUAUUUUCCUCACGCAUAUACACAGGAAAUGCUCAUGUAAAAUACUAGCUGAAGUAAAGUAGAAUUUUUUUAUAACACUAGCAGGAAAGGGUGGAUAAAAAUACAAAUGAUACUGUAAGGAAACCUUUGGCAGUUCAUCAAGGUAUGUCUUUGCCAAUAUAAACAGAAAAACUGGCUUGGGAGAGCUCUCAAACAGACUUUUUGGAUCAGCUCAGGACAAUUCUGAUGCAUGUUUGAAUAUUGGAAAAUAUUUAAAAGAAAACAUUGACUGAGUAUGUGGCCUGAGUGAGGUCAGUAAAUACUGACAAACAUCAAGAAUAAACUAAAGUGACCAGAAAAUCUGAUAAAUAGAUAUUUAAGUAGUCUUUCGAUGAAAAUAAACAAAACAAACACAUAUAUAAAUAAAUAGAAUAGCUUUAGAUGGGAAUAGCAUACUACCAGUUUUAACUGUGUGAGAAACUGCCCACAACUGCCCCCCAGAUAAUUUUAACUGUACUAAAAUAUUUUCAAAGUAAAAAUUUUAUGGAAAUUAUAUAAUUAGCUUCCAUUAUUUUUAGCUUCCUUGUUUUGAUAGCUUCUACCUUGUCUUGCUUGAUGUACUCCAUCUUGAAUCUGGGGUCAACUAAGGUAGCCAUGUCAAUUAAGUCAUCAGUGUCAGGAUCUGCAUAUUUCUCAUCAAGGUAUUCCAUAAUUUUGGUCUUCAUCUCUUUUGUGAGAGGUGUGUCUCCUUCACUCACAUGUAGGUGUUGAAAGCGGAACAGAUGGAGCACAGGCUUCACAUAUGACACAGUCACAUAUGACUCCCCAGAGAGGCUGUCUGUAAAGUCCACAAGAGGACCUAGUGCCUCAUUCAUAGACUCCCAGACUUCUAUGUCCUGCCAGUGUGGUACCAGGUGCCGGGUGUGUUUGUCUGCAGCAAGGAGUUGGGAGAUGGGCUUCUGUUGCUCCAGCACUCUUGCAAUCAUUUUUUGUCAAGAGCCCCAUCUGGUUGCCGACUCUGUGCAUAGCUUGUGUGGGGGGACCCUGCAGUGUAUCUGAGCCUCAGCUAGAUCUCUCUUCUUUUUCCAUGAAUAAGUAAAGGCUGCAACAGCUUUUUUGCACAGAGCAACAGCCCUUUCCACUCGCUUGUCCUUGGAUGCUGCACCUGAAAUAGAGAUUUAAAAAUCAUGUAAAAAUAGAAGCUUGCAGUAAUUCAUGUUAACCAUCAUGUUAUGAAUCAUUAAUCAUCAUGUUUUUAAACCAUCAUGUUAUUGAUAAAAUCAUGUUAUUUGAAUGGCUGUUAAUUUAAAUUGCAGGCUUAUCUUGAUACAUUUUUUUUUUCAUUUAAAAGUUUUAUAUAUAUAUAUAUAUACACACACACACAUAUGUAUAUGUAUAUAUAUGUAUAUGUAUAUAUAUGUAUAUAUAUAUGUGUAUAUGUAUAUAUAUAUAUGUAUAUAUGUGUAUAUGUAUAUAUAUAUAUGUAUAUAUGUGUAUAUAUAUAUAUAUGUAUAUAUGUGUAUAUGUAUGUGUAUAUAUAUGUGUAUAUGUAUAUAUAUAUAUAUGUAUAUACUGUAUGUAUAUAUAUUAAGGCUGUCAAAGUUAAUGCGUUAUUGUCGCGUUAACUCGAGUGACUUUUAUCGCCACUAAUUUUUUUGACGCACGAUUAACGCAAGCCUUAGCCUGGCUUCACCAAACUAUACACACACUGCGUGGAUAUUCUUGCCGUUGUAGAGGAACAGUUGGUGAGGUGUCCAGGCUAUUUGAGCCUCGGGGCACUCCGUAGUUUCAGGAAGUAGUGCACUGACUGAUACCGCGGCAGACAUAAACAAAUCCCUGUGAGCAGUAACUAGGAUAUAAUGGAUAAGAGCACUAUUUUGAACUGAGAGUUCAGCUACAAAGCCUUGCCAGAUGGCUCUCUUGACAGGACAAAAGUCAUUUGUGUUUCCUGCCGAGCUGAAUUUAGUUACCACUGGAGUAUGUCCAGUCUCAAAUAUCACUUGUCGGCCAAGCACACAGCUGAUGCAGAGAGCCCCGCGUCCCCCCGCCUCAAGCAAACAACGCUGAAUGUGCAAGGUAAACAGAUGGAGAGCUCUACUAAACGCAAACUUGAAACGGGUGGCUACCGCUCGUCGGCCGAUUAGCAUUGUGCAGGACGUUGGUCUGCGAAAUCAUACAAAUCGCAUCCACGAAAAUCCACGAUCUGUUCUCGUGUUGAUUCUCAUGUUGAUAAAAGUAUUACAAUUUGAAAAAGAUCGAUUUAGAAUGGAUCAAAAAUAUGCGAUCAAUUUGCGAUUAAUCAUGAUUAAUUAUGAUCAAAAUUCGAUUAAUCGCGAUUAAAUAUCUUAAUCGAUUGACAGCCCUAAUAUAUAUGUAUAUAUAUAUGUAUAUAUGUGUAUAUGUUUAUAUAUACGUAUAUAUAUAUAUGUGUGUAUAUGUAUGUAUAUAUAUAAAUAUUUAUGUGUGUGUGUGUGUGUGUGUGUGUGUGUGUGUGUGUGUGUGUGUGUGUGUGUGUCUAUAUAUACACACACAUAUAUCUACAAGCUUUCACUGAACCCAUCAACUUCACUGGGUGGAAAAGACAAUUGUUCAAGAACAGUGGUGCGUGUACUUGGCGGCCAAUGGAUUUUCUUCUUAUUCUUAAAUCAAAGAUCAAAAUUUGUGUGUGGAAAUCAUUCACAUGUUUGUUGUGAACCCGAAGUUUUGACUUGGAGCGAGAGGCUCUUGUUAGCACAGUAGUGCCCUCAGGAACAAGAUGUAAGAAGGAAUAAGAAAUAUUCCUACAUUAGAAAAUUGCCCAUUAUAUAUUUAAAAAAAAAAUUCUUGAAUGAAAAUGUGUUUAUUGAAUAAAUUUGGUAAAAAUCUGCCAAAAUUCUAACACACCUUCCACAGUAUUGCAGCUGUAUGCCUGCUUCUGAUCACUCUGCUUCUGCAGUUCAUGAACAGCUGUGUGUAUUUUACCUGGAGCUGACACUCAAACCCGGACACAGUGAUGUAGGACACUGAGGCUCUUACUCAGCUCUACAUCUGCUUUUAAGUUUAUAAGAUCAUGUCCAAUCUCUGUUAGCGAGUUACAACCAACCUUGUUAGAAGAUGAGCCUCAGCCUUCCCGUCUAAAGCAACGGCACUAACAAACCAGCUAAAAGCUAGUAUAUGUCAUAUAAAGCCUGUUCUUUAUAUAUGAUAGCACUGUUCUGUUUAAGGUGACAGGUAAUGUUCCCACAUUGUUUUCAUCCUUGAUGGCUUUAAUAAUUGUGAUUAGCGUAGAUUACGGCUGGGUAUUGUUAAGAAUCUCAUGAUUUGUUUCGAUUUUUAUUUCGAUUCGUAAGGUAACGAUUCAAUGUCGAUGUCGAUUUGAUUCUGAUUAUAAUUCUUCAAUAUCGAUUCAGCAUCAAGUAGAAAUACACAAGUAAGAGUACCAGAUUAUUUAAAAUAUAUAUAUAUUUAGUUUCAUACCUUAUAAACAGUCAUGACACUGCUUUAACACUGAGCUACAGUGCAUGUAAAUUUAAAUUAUGUGUUUCUUUCCUCUUGGAAAUUGUAAAAUAACUCAUAACAUUUUGAGUAAUAAAGCAUCAGGUCAAUAAUACUAGUACAAAAGUAAAAAAAAUGACAGUGCUGUAUUAACACUAAACAAAAGUGCAUGCAACUUAAAUUAUGUAAUUCUUUUCGCUUGGAAACUAUGAAGAAAUAACUCAGCAUUUUGGGCAAAAAAACAAAUGUCUGAAAAUAUAUCAGCACAAUAAUACCAGUAUGGUAUACAAAAGUAAAAUAACACAAAACAAUAAAAAAGAACCAGAACAAUUUCUGGUUAUAAACUACAUGUGCACGAAUUAACCGUGAGCACUCUAAGACCAGUAUUCUGGUCUGGUCUUUCUUCUGAGCUCACAUAACACAUUAGAACCAGAUGCCUUCUGGUUACAAACUUGAUGUGCAGGUUUUCGUGAUGUAAGAAAAUGAUGGCAAGAUAAAUAUUUUUACAACUUUUUCCGCCUUUGAUGUGACCUAUAACCUGUACAAUGCAAUUGAAAAAUAAACUGAAACCUUUAAGGAGAAAAAUAUAAAAGUUAAAAUAACUUUUAUAAAAGUUAAAAUAAUAUUUUCCCACAUGCGUUUGGGAGAUUUCAGAUGUCUUUUUGCAAAAUUAAGCCGGGCUUUGAUGUUUUUCUGUAAGAUAAGGCUUCCAUCUUGCUUCCCUACCCCAUAGCCCAGACAUAUGAUGACAGCGGGAGAUUGUUGUCACAUGUUCUACACAGCCAGUACUUGCCAGAAAUUCCUGCAGCUCUUUCAGUGUUGCUGUCGUCCUCUUGGUAGCCUCCCUGCCCAGUUUUUUUCUUGUCUUAUCAUCAAUUUUGGACGGAUGUCCUGUUCUUGAUAAUGUCAUCGUUGUGCCAUAUUUUCUCCACUUGAUGAUGACGGUCUUCACUCUGUUCCAUGGUAUAUUUAAUUCUUUGGAAAUUCUUUUAUAGCCCUCACCUGACUGAUAUCUUUGAAUAAUGAAAUCCCUCUGAUGCUUUGGAAGCUCUCUGCGGACCAUGGUUUUUCUGGAAGAUGUGGCUACAAAAAUGUCAGAAAAAGCGUACUAGAACAGCAGAACUUUAUUUUGGGUUGAUCAAAGGCACUUUAAUUGGUGACAGGUGUGUGCUGACUCCAAUUUAACCUGAGUUUGAAUGUUAUUGGUGAAAUCUGAACACAGCCACAUCCCCAGUUGUUAAAGGGUGUGCACACUUAUGCAACCACAUGAUCCAGUUGUUUAUUUUUACUUCACCUCCUUGAAAGUUUUCAGUUUGUUUUUCAAAUGUGUUGUAAAGGUUAUAGGUCACAUGAAAGGUGGAAGAAGUUGUGAAAUUAUUUAUCUUGGUUAAAUUUUUUUACAUGACAAAAACCUGGCAGUUGAACAGGGGUGUGUAGACUUUUUAUAUUCACUGUAUUUUGAUCUUUGAUUUCCGUUUAAAGCCACAUCACAGAAGUCAAAUACUUUUUUGAUUUUUAUGAUCAAAACUGUCGUUAUCCAUUUAUCCCAUUUUCACUUGAUCUGAAGAGAACUGAAAUUGGAAAAUGAGCCGUUAUAUGUUUUUUUUUUUUUCAUUUUCGUGUUGGAGACAAAUAUUUAGAAAACAAAUUGUUUUUGCAUUUUCUCAUUUUUGGAGUCAUUUCGAAAAUUGAAUGAACAGUGUCGAUUCUUUUUCUGGUAGAUAGUUACCGUCACUUAUUCCUCAAUGUGUGCUUGUUGUCUUAUCUGCUUUAGGUUGUGGCCAAGUGCCUGUCAGACGGUGCAGAUGAAUACCUGCAGAUGUUGAGUCUAUUCUCAGUUAUCAUGCAGGAGACUUCACAGAACAACUAAAAAGUUCCUAUCCUGGCAAACAAACAUCACCUCUAGUGGGACCAACAGCCUCUCUGAGACAUCAGCACUCCUCUCAGAUCCAGCAGGGUUUGUUCACAGUUGUUUGAGAGAUCCAUCUGUGAAUUUUCGAUGGCAGCACUGUUAACUGUCAGAAACAAGAUUUUUGUUUUCUCUCAGUAUUUCUUCAGCCCAGAAGAAGCAUUGUUAUGCUAUGUGAACAUGCUAUCAAAGUCUCUGCAGCUGUUAUAAAUCAAUCAGAUGCCUCUGUGUUUCUUGUCAUUGACAUAACAACUAAUGAACAGGUCUUUGUACAUUUUCACUUUUUGGGAAGUGAUAGUUUUCAAAAAUUGUUUGAUUGAAGUAAUUUUCUAUUGAGCUUUUUAUCACCAGACUAUGCGACUUUGUGUGUUGUUGGAUCUUUUGGCAACUACCAGCAAACCAAAUAAUAAACUUGGCCCUGCAGGCUACCUCCCUAUGCCA